AUGCGUGAAAGUGCUGAAGAGUUGAAAGACAGCAUUUAUGAACAGUGGCUCCGGAGACACAAACCCCAGCUUCAGGCCUACCCCGAGGCCAACGCUCCUAUUGGACACAACCGGGAAUAUUUCAUGGUCCCGUUCAUUCCUCUCUAUAGGAACGGGGAAUUCUUCAUUUCAUCCAAGGAAUUGGGCUACGACUAUGAAUAUCUCGUGGAACCAGUCCCACCACGUAACCUGAGGAUUGAGUCCCAGAAGGACACUGCAGUGGAAGGAGAGGAGAUUGAGCUGAAUUGCACGUCCAUGGCCAGCCGGCCAGCCACGAUGCUCAAAUGGUUCAAAGGCAGCAAGGAGCUCUUUGGUAGAUCCACCCCCCCUCCCCCACCCAUCAACUUAACCAAUGGUGUAGAUUUAGAGUCAUGGGACACAAACACCUGGCCCAGCCAAGACCCCCCAGCCAGCCCUGCUCCCCGUGAGGGGCUGGGCAAGAAAGCCACACCUCCCAAGGUUGAUGCCCGCUUUUCUUUCUCUUCUGCCUCUUCAGGGGAUGGGCAGAACCUGGUGACAGAGGACGUAACCGUGGUGGAGGGAGAGGUGGCCACCAUCAGCUGCAGGGUCAAAAACAGCGACGACUCCGUGAUUCAGCUCUUGAACCCCAACAGGCAAACUAUUUAUUUCAGAGACUUCAGACCCUUGAAGGACAGCAGGUUUCAGCUAGUGAACUUCUCUAGCAGCGAGCUCAGAGUCUCCCUGACCAACGUCUCCAUUUCGGAUGAGGGAAGAUACUUCUGCCAGCUCUACACGGACCCCCCGCAGGAGUACUACAUGACCAUUACGGUGCUCGGCAAAUCAGAAGUGGAGCAGUGGUCAGACAUGUACACGGUGACCAGCCAGCUCUUGCUAAAGGUCAAGCGGGAGGACGAUGGGGUCCCCGUUGUCUGUCAGGUAGACCACCCUGCCGUUAAAGACUUGCAGACCAAGUACUACCUUGAUGUAAUGUAUAAGCCUGAAGUACAAGUUUUGCAGAAUUCUCCUCCGCAGCCGCUCACAAGGGAAGGAGACCUGCUCGAACUCCUCUGCCAAGUCAAAGGGAAACCAGAGCCUGUUGAUGUGACGUGGUUAAGAGUCGACGAUGAGAUGCCCCAGCACGUUUUGGUGUCAGGGUCAAACCUCCACAUUGACAGCCUAAACAAAAGCGAUAACGGCACAUACCGUUGUGAGGCUUCCAACCAAGUGGGGACGGCUUAUUCUGAUUACACGCUUUAUGUAUACGAUCCUCCCACAACUCUCCCUCCUCCCACCACCACACUUUCCACCAUCAUCACCAUCACCACCAACAUCGCCGCAGAUUCUCGAGCAGGAGAAGAGAGCGCCAUCACGGCGGUGGACCAUGCGGUGAUUGGAGGAGUGGUGGCCGUGGUGGUCUUCGCCAUGCUCUGCCUCCUGAUCAUCCUGGGGCGGUACUUCGCAAGACACAAAGGUACAUACUUCACCCACGAAGCCAAAGGGGCUGACGACGCAGCCGAUGCCGACACUGCCAUCAUCAACGCCGAGGGCGGACAGAACAAUUCUGAAGAGAAGAAGGAAUACUUCAUUUAGAGCCCCCUUGUUUCAGGAGGCGCCCAACGGCCGGGCUGAGGGAGGCCCAGGCCCUUCCAAGAAGAUAGAGACAAUGAUGUUGGAAGUUGCUACCAGCUUACAGCUUUUUUAAUUUGUCUCUUUGUGUCUCUUUUCUUUCUUUCUUCCUUCCUUCCUUCCUUUCUUUCUUACCUUUUCUUCCUUUCCUUUCCUUUCCUUUCUUUUUAUUUUCUAAAUUUAUGGCUGGCAAAUGUGUGGGAGUUGAGGAGUCCUAACGUAAAAAAAAAGAAAAGGUGUCCUUUGUCAAGUACACUCUGCUGUGUGACACUUCUGUAUCAUUGGGUUGUUAAUUCUCUGGCCAAGUUCAGCUUGGAUUUAGUUUAGUUCCAUCAUUUACAGAAAAUUCUGUGCCUUGUUUUAUUUUUUAUUUCAUUGGAGGGAGGGGAGGGCGGAGGGGGGGGGAGAGAUCCUACAGUUUCAUACAGUUCUUACCUUUCUCGUUUCUUCUUCCUAGCCUUUCUUGGAAUUGUCUGCUGGAAUCCCUUGAGAAAAGAUUUGGGCUGGUUGGUUAUUAUUAUUAUUUUUUUUUUUUUAAAAACUUCUUCGGUUUUGUUAGUUUUUCUCUUCUUCUACUAUUUCU